AAAAAAAAAAAAAAAUUUUGAUCAUGGCGUUUACUAAGCCAAACAAUUCUAAAAGAUUUCAAUUAGUUGAAUAUUGCAUUCCUUUUAUACCCAUCUUUUUGUCCGCGCCAAUGAGGCAUCUCCCUCGCAGCAUGGAAAGGCUGGUUUCGGAUAAGAACGAAGAGCACGUUCCAAUGGUCUAAGUGUAAUUCACAUUAAUCUGAUGAUUAGCACGCAUCAACUCGGUAGUGGAGAAUAACUCUCGUUAAAGCUGGUCAUUAUCAACGGCUACUCGCAACGAAAGCCUAGCAGAGAAGCGGAGAAGAAGAGAUCAGACGAUGGGGCGAGCAAAACUGGAGAUGAAGUACCGAGAGAACUACCGAGCCCGCCACGCAACUUACAUGACGAGAAUUACGGGAUUGAAGAGGAAAGCAUUCGAACUCUCCGUCCUUUGCGGCGUCGACGUGCUCGUUGCCUCCUUCUCGCCGGAACUUAACGCCGUCCAAUCCUGGCCGGAGAAGGACUCCGACGAAUUUCGCCGGAUAAAAGAGCGUUACGUCCAAUUUCGUAGAUCUGAGAUGGGGAGCCAAAACCAUUCAACGAUUUUUCCUUCCCUUCCGCUGGUUUCACAAGAAAUGCUAGCAAUGAGGUCUAAACUAAUAGAGAUUAGAGAGAGGUUAAGCUUCCUCGAAGCAGAAGCAUCCCCCAAUGCAGCCAUGGUUUCUUCCCAAUUCCAGCAAGAUCAGACAGCACCGCAGGAACAGAACACCAUUCCUCUAACUCCUUUUCUUGACGAUAUCUCCAUGGACGAUAUCUUCACGGCAGGGACAGAACUCCAUAUUUCUAACACCAUUCGCCUAACAGAGAUUAGAGAGAGGUUAAGCUUCCUCGAAGGAGAAGCAUCCUCCAAUGCAGCCAUGGUUUCUUCUCAAUUCCAGCAAGAUCAGACAGCACCGCAGGAACAGAACACCAUUCCUCUAACUCCUUUUCUUGACGAUUUCUCCAUGGACGAUAUCUUCACUGCAGGAACAGAACACCAUUCCUCUAACACCAUUCCCCUAACAGAGAUUAGAGAGAGGUUAAGCUUCCUCGAAGCAGAAGCAUCCUCCAAUGCAGCCAUGGUUUCUUCCCAAUUCCAGCAAGAUCAGACAGCACCGCAGGAACAAAAGACCAUUCCUCUAACUUCUUUUCUUAAUGAUUUCUCCAUGGACGAUAUCUUCACCACAGGAACAGAACACCAUUCCUCUAACACCAUUCCCCUAACAGAGAUUAGAGAGAGGUUAAGCUUCCUCGAAGCAUCCAAUGCAGCCAUGGUUUCUUCCCAAUUCCAGCAAGAUCAGACAGCACCGCAGGAACAGAACACCAUUCCUCUAACUCCUUUUCUUGACGAUAUCUCCAUGGAGGAUUUAUCAAGAUUCUUCCUUUCUGAUUCACCUAUGACGACCUCCGUGGAGGAUUUCAAUUGGUGCGACACACUUCUCGAUUAUGACUAGUGGUGAUUUCAACCAUAUGAUUCCUUCUAUGCUCGACAGUUCCAAGAAAACCAUUCCCUUCAUUUACGUUUCUUACCUUUUCUUUAGCAUUUAUGCUGAUCUCUUGUAUGAGGUCAAUCUAUCAUAAACUUAGAGCACAACAGUCUUGUUUUUUGCUCUCUGCUAUGUACUGAAUGUAGUAUGCUAAUAAGCAUUCAGUUCUUCUCAAGUUUGUUGAACAGGUAGAUCAAUUGCAUCGAACAAAGGGGCAUUUGCAUACAUACCACCCAAAUCCUCUGUAUAUACGUAUCUAACA